AUGAGUGGGGUAAAUAAAUCAAGCAGUGAUAAUGUUCAUAAUACAACCAACAAGACUAAUGAUUCAUUAUUAACAAAUCUGAAUGCAUUCAAAAAUAAAGUUAACUCUGGUCCUUUAAGGCGUUCAGGUAUUCUGAGCAAUGGUGGGUCUCCUAUAAAGAAACAGAAGAUUAAAAGAGAGGUCUCAUUUGAUAUUAAAAAAGAAGAUAAGGAAGGUAUCAUCAAAUCAAAUGUAGAUAAUUUGGAUAAUGACGAUGAUGACAUACAGAUAAUAAAGGAAGGCACGAAGACCCCAGAUAUAGAAGUAAUAUCUGACGCAGAGGAUAUAUUUGAUGACGAUUCUCCAUCCAAAGCGGUACGUCCAGGUUCUCUUGCUGCAGUUGCAUUACAAUCUUCACAGACUAGUAUAUCGAAAAGUCAUGAUUCUUCCAAGUUGUUAUGGGCCACAGAAUAUAUUCAAAAGAAGGGUAAGCCUGUUCCUAUGAACGAGCUAAUGGAUUAUUUGUCAUUGGGUCCAAACGAUAAAGUUAUUGAUCUUUUAAAGAAAUUGGAAAAGAUACAGUAUGAUAGUACGAAGAAUUCAUUUAAAUACAUAUCCACAUAUGAUGUUCAUUCUGCAAGUGAAUUAUUGAAGUUAUUAAAAUCACAAGUGACAUUUAAAGGGAUAUCAUGUAAAGAAUUAAAAGAUGGUUGGCCACAAUGUGAUGAGACAAUCAACCAGCUAGAAGACGAAUCAAAGAUUUUAGUGUUAAGAACCAAAAAGGAUAGAACACCAAGAUACGUUUGGUAUAAUUAUGGAGGUGAUUUGCAUCGUAUUGAUGACGAAUUUAUUAAGAUGUGGGAAAACGUCCAAUUACCACAAUUCUCAGAAUUACCAAGAAAAUUACAAGAUUUAGGUUUGAAACCAGCUAGUGUCGAUCCAGCAAGUGUGAAAAGACAAACAGCUAACGUUGAAGUCAAAAAGAAGAAGCAAAGAAGAGGGAAGAUUACUAACACGCAUAUGGCUGGUAUCUUAAAAGAUUAUUCUAACCGUGUAUGA